GACAGACAUCCCAUGAGGCAUCUGCAUCUGCCUCUCUCCGCGCAGCGCUAAUUUUAUCAGGCUGCAAGCCCGGAGCUUGUGAUCACUCAUCACCGCAGCUCCACCAAGGAACAGGAAGCAAGGAGGAUCCUCAAACACCACAGAGCUGCUUAAAAAAUCUGAGCUCUGGGUAGGAGAACAGGACAGACAUGCACAGGUGCUGCUAGAGAGAGAGAAGGGAGCGAGAACAGAGAGAGAGACUAGAGAGAGAGAGAGAGAGAGAGAGAGGAAGAAGAGGGGGGAGUGAGGGGAGGUGUAGGAGGAGACUUGACUUGCUUCAGAGGGGAAUAGGAGCCGGAGAGCAAUUCCAAAACAGCUGUCCGGCAGACGUCCCAGUCGACAGAAGUGCAGCCCCGAGGCAGAGACAGGAGGCAGUGCAGUGUCAACAAGCCACAGGAGCAGCACAGCAGCCACUGAGCGCACACAUACAGACACACAGACAUCAACCUGAGGCUGCAGCAUUCAGGAGAAACACCAGCGAUACCUGGGAAGGAUCAAGAUACCCCCACCCAUCGGAAUAUCUGAGGAAAGUGCCCAUUUGACCUUUCUAAAUCGCCAGACACCGGUCACCGGUUCUGCUUGGAAUCCCAUUUCCAGAUCGAUGCCGCAGUCGCUGAAAUUAUUUUUGGAAUCCUGUUUGACCGGCGUGUUACUGAGAAUGUAACUGGAGCUGCGUCUCCGGGGAACUGUAACGUCCAGAACUUACAGAGCAUUUCCGACUUUUCUGUCCUGCAUAUCUGAGCUCUCUUCCACAGUUACAGCCAUGCCAGCGAAAGCACCCAUAUACCUGAAACCCACCAAUAAUAAGAAGGGAAAAAAAUGUCGUCUCAGAGAUAUUUUGUCCCCAGACAUGAUAAGCCCACCGCUUGGAGACUUUCGCCACACAAUCCACAUUGGCAAGGGUGGGGAGAGAGACGCCUUUGGAGACAUGUCUUUCCUCCAGGGGAAGUAUGAGCUCCUACCAGGGAAGGGAGACAUCCACCCUCAGUAUGGUAUCCAAAGUGAGUUUCUGCGAGCAAACAGUACAGGUGAUGCUUCCUUUUCCGAGACUCCCUCUCCAGUACUCAAGAACGCCAUCUCCCUCCCAACUAUUGGUGGCUGCCAGGCCCUCACCCUCCCCCUCAUCUCCUCCACCGUAUUCUCCAUGCCCCCAGAGCCACUGGAGGACAUUAUGGGGUCUACAGCUCCCGUGAAACCUGACAGCGCUGAGGAGGUAGAGAUCCUGCAGAUGGAUGCUCUGCUGCACUCAAUGGAUGUCUUCAGCAGUGAGCCUUCUUCUCCCUCUGCAGAUAUCCAGUCGAAGCCUGACGUCCUCUUGGAUCUGCUGGAAAAUGCAGAUAAGUCCACCUCUAAGGCAGUUGCCAAAGCUAACAAAAUAAACAAGAGUGAAAGCAGGUUUGACAAGCCAUCAUCCUUUUGUAUCAAUGGCCACAGCAACGGCAUCUACAAGGCUAAUGGAAGCCUGAACAGCAACACAAGCAGUGACAGCUUUGACAGCUUUAGCGGUAAAGGAGACUUCCAGAGCAAGAUGUACAAUGGUAGCGCAAGUCUCAAUGGAAAUGGCAACUGCAAUGGUUAUGGGCACUUUAACAAUGACAUUACCCUGGGCUUCAAGAAGGAGCUCUCAAAGUGUAACGGAGAGUGGGUGGAUAGGGACAGUGGGGUGGAGGAGGGCCGCAUCUGUGAUUUUGAGUUUGACUUUUCCAAGGAGAAGAGCACAUCGCAGGAUUCCCUCAACCAGAUCACGGGGUCAUUCCUCUCCCUCGAACUCGAUCUGGGCCCAUCCAUCCUGGACGAUGUGCUCAACAUAAUGGAUAAACCCGCAGCGAAGAGCAGGCCUUGAGCUGCACUGAGGCCCCAGGAGAAGAAAGGGAAUUUUUAAACUAUAGCCAUGAGGAGAGAAAGACUCACAAAGCAAUCAAAAUGGUGUCUGGAUAUAUCAUUAAGAUGAAAAUGAGCUACAAUAGACAGAGCUGCUUAUGUUUUUAUUGUCAAAACAUAUAACUAUUCUAGCUUCUAUGGAGUGUUGAUUCUUCUUUUUUUUUUUUUUUUUUUUGUUUGCCAUGCCAGCCGCAUGUUUAGGAUGCAUGUGAUAGUGAGUUUCAGCUAAAACACAGCCAUCGUGCCUUUGAUUUACUGUAAAAAUGCUACAUGAUAGAUUUGUGUUAUUUUGACUUCCACAGUAUAUCCAAGAUAACUUUGCUUUUUUUUUUUACACUCUCAGACUCUCUAUAAACAUAUAGCAUUUUGUGACUUAAGCGUGUUUAACAAAGCACUGUUUUGUUUGUCACAUAAUUCGUUUGCCACAUGACUAUUUCAAACAACAGAACACUAUGCAUAUUUGUGUUUUUCAAAUUGUAACACAAAUAAAUUCAUUUUGUCCAUUUCUGGCCACUUUCUUAUAGGGAGUGUGUGCAUGUGCCAGAACUGAGAGUUAAUUCCAAAAAUGAUUAAACCAGAUAACCCCAACAAGGGCUGAAAAUCAGAAUAAUGCUGGGAAAAGUUGAUGCACAAGAGGGAAAAGAGAAAUAAGACAGAUAUCAAGGAAAGAAAGAGCUGCAGAUUGACAGAAAGAAGGAUAG